AUGGAUGCGAUCGACGGUUUGCAUAACAUGCCACGUUUACCUAUUGGUCAAUUUGCUAUUCGAUCGGGUCCAAUGAUGGCAGCAGCCGAUACUUGGAUUGUUACAUUUCGAGGUACUGGUGGUCAUGGUGCUGCACCACAUUUAGCUAGCGAUGUGACUGUGCUGCUAGCGGAAUUCAUUCUAUCAUUACAGACAAUCGUUAGUCGUAACAUUGCACCGAUAGAUGCAGCUGUGAUAAGUGUUGGCGCUAUUCAAAGUGGAUUUUUCGAAUCAUUGAAUGUGUUACCAUCAGAAAUUCGUGUUGGUGGUACCGCCCGUAGUUUUACGACAGAAGUGCGAGAUACAAUUGAACGACGCAUGAAAGAGUUGGCACAUGGUCUUGCUACUAGCUUUGGGUCCAUAGCUGAAGUGGUUUUCAAUCGAGAAGGAAUUCCACUUGUCAAUGAUGUUCAAUCUACGGAACGAGCUAUUAGAGCAGCUGAAAGUCUUGUAAGCGCCAAAAACGUCGAUGAAAACACAACACCAAUAAUGAACGCAGAAGAUUUUGCUGAAAUGCUUAAACGAAAAGCAGGUGCUCAUAUGUUUAUAAGAAAUGGAAACCGAUCUGGUGAACUUCAUUCUCCAACGUACAACUUCAAUGAUGAUGCUAUUCUUUUCGGUGUGGGCUAUUGGGUUAGUCUAGUACAACAAGAACUUCAAAAUUAA